GAGGGACAGACUGACGGACAGGCGCGGCGUGGCUGGUAAGGGCCGGGAUGGUGGCGGACUGCGCAGGAUAGCGGCGGCCAUGUGGAGCUGACAAUCAGCGUGCGUACACUGCGAGCGCACCGGAGCUUGGACCAGGUGGACUCGGGGGCAGGCAGCACGGCCCCGGUGCUGGAGAUGGCAGCGGAAGGCUUGGGUUGGCUUCUGGUCCCGCUGCACCAGCUGGUUUCCUGGGUGGCUGCCGGGGCCAUGGUCUUCGGAGGGGUGGUACCGUACAUCCCUCAGUACAGGGACAUCCGGAGGACUCAGAACGCCGACGGCUUCUCCACCCACGUGUGCCUGGUGCUACUGGUGGCCAAUAUUUUACGGAUACUCUUCUGGUAAGUUGGAGUCUUCCCUCCCUGGAGGCGCUGCAGAGAGACGGCUUUUCUUUGGUUUUCAGGUGGCGGCAAGUGGUGCAGUGGAAGCUGUCUUCUUCCUCCAAAGAACCUGAUGCGGAGAAGGCACCCCUGCAGUGGUGGGUAGUGUGGUCAGCGAUCUUCUUAGCUGCAUCUUUUCCUGGAAGAGUGACAGGGCUGGAGAGGAGACUCUCAAAUAUUACCCCCGGAUCUGCUCCUUCAUUUAAUGGCCCCUUGCUUUCAUGUGUUGCAUCCUGGGGCCUCUGUGUGGGCACCGUCCCUAGGUCCCUGCGUUUGCUUUCCUGUGUGUGGAGUGGGAUAUGAGGGUGAGGAAACAAAGUGAGUUAGUACGGGGAGCAGGAAAGGCUCUUGGUGCCUGUGGGAGGGGCUUCUGCAAGCCUUUCUCCCUGCCUCCUUGUGUUUUGUUUCUUCUUAGCUAAGAAGUCAGACUUCCUGAUGAGACUUAAGUGGAGACUGUUUUUCUUGCUCCUCUCAGACCAACUUCCUCUUAUUUUGUUUGCAUUCUGCUGAGGAAGCUGAAUUUAAUUUUAACAGUUGUUGAAACCAUACAUACUCCAGAGAGUGAAUUUUCAGAGGAAAUAAAGAUCUCAUAACUACAUGAUAAGGUCAAAAAUGUCUGGAAUUUUCCUUUUGGCCAAUCCCAGGACUUCUAUGCACAUAGGAAGGCUUUGUAAUUUUCAUGAAGUUGGUCAUCUGCAGAGGCCAGGGAGAAGGGCUCCAAGGUGGCUGAGCUCUGCUUUUCACUUUUUGUU